AUGCUUCGUAUCAUAUUUGCCUUGAGUCUUGCGAAUUUUUGCUUAUGUCUUGAUCAAUCUGCUGUGCUUUACAAUGAAGUAUUCGCCUAUCAUAACGAAACGUAUUUUAAAGCUGAGUUUGCGUAUCAAGUUGUUCAGAAAAUAUUUAACGCAUUUAACCAAUGGUUUUUCACUAUUACUUUUUGUGAUUUCACUUACUUCGAAAAUAGAAUACUAAAAUACACUGAAAAUUAUGGCUACGGUUAUCCCGUCAUGCUUUUGAAUGGUUGCCAGAAUCUUAAUACUACCAAAGUGAAACCGAGACUAAAUAGGCAUGGCCAAACUGCUUAUCUAGUCACUUCAGAUGAUUUAACUAUUGAUGACAGUGAAUACGCGAUAGAGGCUCUAACAAGAACUGGAGUUUUUAAACCAAGAUCUGCUGUGAUAUUCGUUAUAAAUGUACCCGUCCAAGUCGAUAGCUAUUUCUAUUAUUCGAUGAUGAAUCAUUUUCAAUUAUUAUGGAGUAGGAGCAUAACGAAUUCUAUUGUAGUUUUAUGGUCAGAUCGUCUGAGAAUGUAUUCAUACAAUCCUUUUUACAAAGAGAUAAGGGAAAUUACAGAUAUUAAGGAUAUCAGUAGAUACCUUUCUCGAUUAUAUAAUGAUCUCUACGGAUAUAAACUAAGAUUAAGUGUUUUUAGAAAAAUCUAUACUUCAGAUGAUACGGGACCAAUAUACUGCAAUUCAGUACUCGCUAAAACAAUCAUGAAACAACUAAAUGCGACGUGCAUACCUCUCCCUCCAAGAGAUGAAAACACAGUGGGAGACUUAUUAGAAAAUGGUACUGCAACUGGAGUCACAGCUGACCUGCUAGACGGAUACACUGAUUUAGAAUUAAACUCUCGAAUUUUAAAGAAUUCUUACUAUGGUUACAUCGAUACGACAUAUCCAUUGAUUCAAGACGAACUAUGUUUCCUGGUGAAAAAAUCUAUGAAACAAUCCACGUUUAUGACAACAUUAAAACUUAUAUCAGUCGACAUGUUGAUGCUCUUCAUAUUUACUGUUAUCAUUUUUAUUGUAAUAACCGUAAUUACCCGUAGGGUCGAGACCAAUAUUUGCAUAAUAGUCGAUAAGAGAUCUACUUCUGAGACAAUUUUGGACUUAGUUAAGUGUUUCAUAAGACAGACAGUUGACAUGAAAUUUUCUGGUCCGAUUUUUAGGAUGUUGGUCUUGUUAAUUAUGAUAUACUCUUUGGUCGUAGAUUGCGCUAUUGAUGGUAUUAUCACUUCAGCUAUAACAUAUCCAAGAUUUAAACCAGACAUAAACAGUAUACCUGAAAUAUUCCAGACAAAUUUAACCAUUGGCGUACAUACCCGACAUUUAAAAUUAUUCAAGAGAAGCUUAAGCGAUGAAUAUUCCGAAGAACUUUUGAAAAAAAUCGAAGUAAUGAAUGAUAAGAAAAUAAAAAAGAUUAUUGAAAAUAGAGAAUUUAAAUAUGCGAUGUUAUUAAGAAAAUCAGAUGCAGAAUACAUUAGUCGGAAACCUUCGAAUGUCGUCGAUGGAAGACCGCUUUAUCAUACAAUGUUAGACUGUCCAGUGCCCUGUUCAAUUGUUUUCGGCUUACGCUACGGAAGUCCAUAUUUACAAAGGCUUAAUUAUAUAUUCAACCAUUUAAAUCAAGGAGGAAUAUUACAAUAUUGGAUGAAAUCAGAUGAGUAUACUCUCUUUCAAACUCGCAAUAAGAUACUUUUGGCUGACGACAGCAAAGAUAAAAAACCCUUAAAUACGAAUAAUCUAAAGGAGGUUUUCAUAGUUUGGUCAAUAGGGAUUUUAAUAAGCACGUUUAUUUUUCUUGCUGAAACUUUAGUGUACCACAUUAAUAAAAUACCACACUUGUAA